AAAAUUACGUUGGACACAAGUGUCAAACUAAAAAAAAGUAAAUAUAAACAAUGAAUAAGUUAACUUGAAGAUAUAUUAAAUAUGUUGAUUUCAUGAUUGAGAUAUCAUACAGACUCUUUUUUUAAUACAAUGUACUUACCAAUAUACUUAAUAUUCAACCUAAUAUCAGGUGUUUUAAUGGACUGUGGUUGUACUUCCAGUAGGGAAAGUACUUUAAAUACCAAAUGUACUUCAGAAACUGGUGAUAAAAAAUACUCAAAGCAAGCCUAUAACUCCUUCACCAUGGAAGAGAUGGUAUUAAUUCAGGGUGGUAUAUUUGAAAUGGGAACCAAUAAACCUGUAUUCCCUGCAGAUUUUGAAGGACCUGCUCGCAAUAGAACUGUAGCUCCUUUUUACUUAGACAUAUAUGAAGUGUCCAACAAAAAUUUUUUAGAUUUUGUUAUUGACACUGGUUACAUUACCGAAGCAGAAAAAUUUGGAGAUAGUUUUAUAUUUGAAAUGUUUUUAUCUGAUGAGGAAAGAAGUAAACUUGAGCCUUUCCGGGCGGUUCAUGCUCCUUGGUGGAUAAAAAUGAAAGAAGUGACCUGGAGUAAACCUCAAGGACCAAACUCGUCCAUAGAGGAAAAACUGAAACAUCCAGUUGUGCAUGUUUCAUGGAAUGAUGCUGUGCAAUAUUGCAAGUACAAGAAUAAAAGAUUGCCCACAGAAGCUGAAUGGGAAAUGGCAUGUAGGGGUGGAUUGAAACAAAAGUUAUAUCCUUGGGGAAAUAAAUUAAAUCCAAGAGAUGAACACUGGAUGAAUAUUUGGCAAGGUGAGUUCCCUAAAAUCAACACAGCUGAUGAUGGUUUUCUCGGAACUGCACCCGUAAAUCAUUUUCCACCUAAUAAAUUUGGCCUAUACAAUAUGGCUGGUAAUGUCUGGGAGUGGACUGCGGAUAAUUGGACUGAUGAUGCUGAAUCUAAAGUGAAAAAAGGGGGAUCUUUCUUAUGCCAUGAGUCGUAUUGUUGGAGGUACAGAUGUGCUGCUAGAUCCUUCAAUACAAAAGAUAGUUCUUCAAGUAAUUUGGGUUUUCGAUGUGCAGCUGAUGCAAAAUGAUAGUGAACUAAUGUACUUUUUCCAACAGAUUAUGUAAUAUAUUAUCACUUAUACUGAA